AUGGCUGUUACAAUUUCUGUUUGUUUGUAUAUACAUUGGCAAGUGACCGCAUUCAUUUUACUUGCAAUUCCAUUGUUAAUCUGUACAAGACUUGUAUUUAGUCGAUGGUUUUGUAAAACAAUGGAGACCGAAACACAGUUGCAAACAAAAAUAACAAAUUUGGUACACGAAACUUUUAGUUGUAUUCGCACUGUUAUUGCUUUUGGAGCCCAACGACAAAGCAUUGGAAAAUAUGAACGUCUAAGUUUGGAGCACAAAAAGAUUACUGAAGAGCGUCUCCGGGCCUCUUCAGUUUACAAUUCACUCGCCCAAGUACUCUUCACAGAAUUAAUAUUCACUGCCGCCCUGUGUUUUGGAGUUUGGAGGUCUGGAAAUGAGAAUCCUGGGCGUUUAGGGGCUUUGGCAAUAAAUAUGUUAUUUUUGUGUGCUCAAUCUGUCAGUAUUGGAUUCCAUUUAAACGGCGUUUCUACAGCAAGACGAAGUGCGAAAGAAAUGCAGACCAUACUUAAGGAAGCCCCAAUGAUUGAGAGAGAUAUACCAACAAAGAGGAGCACACUUUUGGUUGGAGAAUAA